GAAACACUGAAUGACUCGUGAAAAUGAUGUGAGCAGCACAGAUCUGGAAAUGCGUCGCAAAUGCUUCUGCGUGCUGGAGGUGUGUGCCAUCAUAAGCCUUCUGCCCUCGGGCUCGUUAGCAGAUUUGACAUGUGAAGCCCUGCUCCUGCUGUCAGGGAACGUCUCACUGCAGUCUCUGGCCUCCUCCUGGAACCAAACCCUGAGCAACGCCACGGGUCAGUGGAGCGGCCCGGGACUCUACUGUGACACCUCCAUCGAUGGCAUUGGCACCUGCUGGCCCAGGAGCAGCGCCGGCCAGAUGGUGUCGCGACCCUGUCCGGAGAUGUUCUACGGUGUCAGAUACAACACCACCAAUAAUGUUUAUCGAAAAUGUCUGGCAAACGGGACGUGGGCGCUGAAGGGGAACUACUCCAUGUGUAAGGCCAUACUUCACGAGGAGAAAAAAGGCAAGAUGCACUACCAAAUAGCCGUGAUCAUAAACUUCCUGGGUCACUGCAUCUCCAUGGUGGCUCUGCUCGUGGCCUUCUUCCUCUUCUUGUGUUUGAGGAGCAUCCGCUGCCUGAGAAACAUCAUCCACUGGAACCUCAUCACCGCCUUCAUCCUGAGGAACGCCACCUGGUUUAUCGUCCAGCUCACCAUGAGUCCCGAGGUGCACGAAAGCAACGUGGUUUGGUGCCGCCUCGUCACCGCCUCCUUCAACUAUUUCCACUCCACCAACUUCUUUUGGAUGUUUGGCGAAGGCUGCUACCUCCACACCGCCAUCGUCCUCACCUACUCCACCGACAAGCUGCGCAAGUGGAUGUUCAUCUGCAUCGGCUGGUGUAUACCAUUCCCUAUCAUUGUGGCGUGGGCCAUCGGGAAGCUGUACUACGACAAUGAGAAGUGCUGGUUUGGGAAGCGAGCCGGCGUCUACACAGACUACAUCUACCAAGGUCCCAUGAUCCUCGUCCUGGUGAUCAAUUUCAUCUUCCUCUUCAACAUCGUGAGGAUCCUGAUGACCAAGCUGCGAGCCUCGACCACAUCAGAGACCAUCCAGUACAGGAAAGCUGUGAAGGCUACGCUCGUACUUCUUCCUCUCCUGGGAAUCACCUACAUGCUGUUCUUCGUCAACCCGGGAGAAGACGAGAUCUCUCAGAUCGUCUUCAUAUAUUUCAACUCGUUUUUGGAAUCGUUCCAGGGCUUCUUCGUGUCAGUGUUUUACUGCUUCCUAAACAGUGAGGUGCGUUCAGCGGUGAGGAAGCGCUUCCACCGGUGGCAGGAGCAGCACUCCAUCCGAGCCAGGAUGACCCAGGCCAUGUCCAUCCCCACGUCACCUUCACGGGUCAGCUUUCACAGCAUCAAGCAGUCCACGUCGCUAUGAGACAGGAGACCGGCUUUGUCUCAGAGAGGCCGCCGCCGCCGCCGCCAUUUUCUGCCACACCACCGGAGAACACUGAACACUUUCUGAGCCGAGAGAGCAGGAGGGCCGCAGCGGAGUCCUGAACCUCAGGGCUCAGAACCACAGACGGGGAUAAAGGGAUCAACGGAUGCACGAGACCAAGCUGAGUCUGGAUCUGCGUGAAUGUACAGCACUCCAUGUCCUGUGACGUCUGCUGCCGUAGAGUUCUCGCUUAUAUUCCCACUUCUUUUUUUUUGCUACCUUGCAUCAGUGAGAAGGUGGAGCUGGUGCUGCUGGACUGCACUGAACUGGAUUCCAACCCAGCGGACACCGGACUCAGAUCCUACAGAGGCAGCGACUCGGUUAUGGAACCGACGUGUUCAGAUUUUACGUUCAGUUUCUUUAUGUUGCCGUCACUCAGCCGUCUGGUCGUGGUGUUCGUUACGUUCGUGUUGUGAUGUCUUCCUCUGCUCUCGGUCAGCUCGGUGCAGUCGAGCUACUUUCAUCGACUUUCCACAAAGUUUAACACAUUCCAGAAUUUACCUGAAGAGUUUUGUUCCAAGACGUCUGCCGUGAAGACGGGUGUGGCACGUUUAUUGGUUGGUAGUGAAGCUUUCUUUCCGAGCAUUAGAAAAUGCUGAUGCGAUUGUGAUGUGUUAAGAAAUGAGCUGGAGCCAGGAGGUGAUUAACCUAGCUUAGCAUAGAGGCUGGAAGCAGGGGUAAAAGCUAGCUUGCCUGAAAAGACACCUACAGCUACACCAACUCUCCCUAAAACCUCUGAACUCUGGAGUAACUCAGUCAGUCUCUUUCACUCCCGUGUCCAGCCUUUAUGCUAAGCUAGGCUAAUCGUCUCCCACCUACAGGAUGAACGCACAGACAUUAGAGUGGUCUCAUUCUUCUCAUCAGAUCGUCCUCGUCACAGCCUUGUUUUCUGUCCACAUUGUUUGAUUUAAGAAACAUUUGAUUUGAACUGCAUGUUAAAUUUGCAAACCUGCAUUAGCUGUUUUUUUGCAGCACGAGCUGUAAACUCCACAUUUUAUCAUCCUGUCAAGUUUUUAUGAAGAAUGUUUUAGCUCGCGGAUGCUAACACGAGCAUUUUCCACCUGAUGAAUGUAAGCUCAGGAUUCACUCAGAGAUACGUCUGUGUGUUUAGCUGCUAAAUGCUAAGCGUUCAGCAGCUGGUUGCUCACUGCGGGUUUAUCAGAGCUGAAACCAGCUGCCUGCUGCAGCUGCAAACUACAGUGAACCGAAACAAUGAGCUGAAAGACGCUAAAAGUGCUAAUUCCCUGUAAUUGCACAUAAUUGCUCAGAGAGAAUACUGAUUAGUGCAGCUUUAAAUCAAAUUCCACCCGUCAGCCUGUGAGACUGUGAGAUGUGACUGACAGCCCAAAAAGCUGCUAAUUGGAUCUUGAUUGAAGAUGAUUUCAUCAGACUUCUAUUAACGAGGCGAGUCCCAGAACAAAACUCUUCAGCUGAAUAAAGAGACUUACUCCUGUUGCCUCUCUACCGGCGAGACAGGUCAGAAGGAUGAUCAGCUGAGAGGACUUCCUGUGGUGCCCGGCUGAAGUUCCACGCCUGACUGAGUUCACUGAUUCUUUGUAAAUAUAGAAACACUAGACGGGCGUUAACGAUCCGGUGGAGUCGUCACAAAUAGAAACCAAAAACACCAACCACACACUGUGAAGCAUAUGGGCGCAUUCUGCAUGCGACCCGCAAUUCACAGUCCACAUUCCUAUGAUACCAGUAUGCCUAGCACCUGUGCAUUUCUAUGAACUGCUGUUUAUGUCUAAUUGUAUAUGAACCUCAUCUUUCUGUUGCCCUGAAAUCUUUUUUUUUGUAAUCCUUUCAGUGAUGUGUGAGCUCUUGUUGUGAUGACAUGUCAGAUUAUUUAAGACGACAGACUUUCGCGCCACCGUGAUGUGUAUUAUUCGAGUAAUCGUCUGGUGAAAGGAGGCGGCCUGUGCGGCUGCUCCGGGAGGUUUUUGGCUAAAAGAAGACCAGACUGUAGCUCAGAUUAAAGAAACGUGGCGUCAUCGUGCAUUUUUGCAGUGUAAAGGAAUUUAAAGUCCUUUUUUUUAAAAAAAAAAAAAGAUGCAGAGAGCUCGAAGGUUUAACGUCAGCAGGAAGAAGCAGCAGACGACGUGGUGACCUGUUUUCAUUCCAGCACAGUAAAAAGAACAGAUACUGACUCCUUCAUAGUUCUGUGGUGGUCGAUCAAAAUCACAGUGGA